UCGGGCUCGAGUGGCCAGUUCUGGGGGCUGAGGGAGGGCAGGGGAGGGGCGCAGGCAAUGGUGCCGGCGCGGCGUUACCUGAGCGGUGCCUGCGGGCGGGCCCGCGGGGGUUUCCCCGGGGGCUUCUCUGCGGCGUGCCGGCCGGCGCAGGGGAGGCCCUGGCAGCUGUGCCAGGGUGGCCGUAGAGCCAGCACCCGUUCAUUUGAUGUAGUCAUUAUUGGUGGCGGAAUUGUGGGCCUCGCCUCUGCCAGAGCACUCAUCCUGCGACAUCCAGCACUUUCCAUUGGUGUUCUGGAAAAGGAGAAAGAUUUAGCUGUUCACCAGACUGGACAUAACAGUGGUGUCAUACAUAGUGGAAUUUAUUAUAAACCUGAAUCUCUGAAAGCUAAAUUGUGUGUACAAGGUGCAGCCCUCAUCUAUGAGUAUUGUAACCAAAAGGGAAUUUCCUACAAACAAUGUGGCAAGCUUAUAGUAGCUGUUGAACAAGAAGAAAUUCCCAGACUUCAAGCCCUAUAUGAGAGAGGCCUGCAGAAUGGUGUGCAGGGCCUGAGGCUAAUCCAACAGGAGGAUAUAAAGAAGAAGGAGCCAUAUUGUAGGGGUCUAAUGGCUAUUGAUUGCCCAUACACCGGCAUUGUGGACUAUCGGCAGGUGGCUUUGUCAUUUGCCCAGGAUUUCCAAGAAGCAGGUGGCUUUGUCUUAACCAAUUUUGAAGUAAAAUGUAUUGAAAUGGCUAAAGAAAGUCCAUCAGGAAGUAAAGAUGGGACGAAAUAUCCAAUCGUUAUAAGGAAUACAAAGGGAGAGGAGGUUCAGUGUCAGUAUGUUGUGACAUGUGCAGGACUUUACUCGGACCGUAUUUCAGAGUUGAGUGGCUGUAAUCCUGAUCCUCGAAUUGUACCAUUCCGGGGAGAUUACCUGCUCUUGAAGCCAGAAAAAUGCUAUCUUGUAAAAGGAAAUAUUUAUCCGGUCCCAGAUAGCCGGUUUCCUUUCCUAGGGGUUCACUUCACACCGAGGAUGGACGGCAGUAUUUGGCUAGGGCCUAAUGCGGUUCUUGCCUUUAAACGAGAGGGCUACAAACCCUUUGACUUCAGUGCCAGAGAUGUUAUGGAUGUAAUUAUCAAGAGUGGCUUGAUUAAAUUGGUGUUCCAGAAUUUUUCCUAUGGAGUUAACGAAAUGUAUAAAGCCUGUUUUCUCAGUGCAACAGUGAAGCACCUUCAAAAGUUUAUCCCUGAAAUUACUGUCAGUGAUAUACUGAGAGGUCCAGCUGGAGUAAGAGCCCAAGCCCUGGAUAGGGAUGGAAAUCUGGUAGAAGAUUUUGUAUUUGAUGGAGGAGUUGGGGAUAUUGGAAAUCGCAUUCUUCAUGUGAGAAAUGCACCUUCCCCUGCUGCUACUUCUUCUCUUGCAAUUUCUGUUAUGAUUGCAGAUGAAGUACAACAAAGAUUUAAGUUGUAAAUAAUGUAAAGAGCUAGGUAUGCAUUUUAAUUUCCACAUUCAGCAACAAGAAUAUACUAAUUGCAUCCU